ACUCGCGGGCCAGGGCUGCGCGGGACUGGAGAGGCUGGGUCCAGGCCGCGGGCGCAAGGGCCUCUCAGCUUCAGACGCAGUGUAACUGGAUUCCCAAAACAGAAGUCGCCUAGCUCUUGGCGCCCAGGCGCCGAUCGGACUCAGCGCGAGAAUCAGCCGUUUGAUUGAAACUUGGUGCCGAGCUUUUGGGGCUAAAGGAGGCGCGGGGUGUGGAGGAGGCGGCGGCCAGCGGAGCCUCGAGGCGAGAAGGCGGAGCAGCACCGCCGAGGCCGCGGCUCGGGCGAGCAGGCGGCGGCGACGGGCUCUGGGCUGGCGGGGGCAGGACUUGGUGUGGGGGGCGUGCGCGUUACUGUGCGCUGGGGAUCGAGGACUUGGGCAAACUUUAAAGGGUAACCGGAGAAGCUUGUUGCUCCUUGCCCGCCGUGAAAGCCGCACCGUUACGUCUUGGCGGAGAGGGGAAGGCGGGCCCCCCUCGGAGCCCCCGGCCCAGGCGGACUAGUUUGGGUCCCCGGUUGUCGCGCGAGAGCCAGGUGGAGGCGGUUGCGGCGCCCCCGCGGCUGGCGGCCUCGCCCCCGCGGCGCAGGCACCCCAAGCGGCAGCGCCCUCGGCACCGCACCGCCCACGGCCCGGCCCCGGCGCCUGGCGGACUCCCAUGCGCCGGGCGCGGCGGCGCCUCCCCGCAUCCAAGCCUCUCCCAAUCGCCUCGUCUCACUCCUCCAGCUGAGAAUGCCGCGGCACCAGCGACAGGAGAUGCGGGGUGCCCGCGCAACGGCGUCGCGCUCGCGCCUGGGCCUGUGCGCCUUGGUGCUAGCGCUGCUGGGCACGCUGCCCACGGGCACCGGGGCGCAGCCCUACCACGGCGAGAAGGGCAUCUCAGUGCCGGACCACGGCUUCUGCCAGCCCAUCUCCAUCCCGCUGUGCACGGACAUCGCCUACAACCAGACCAUCCUGCCCAACCUGCUGGGCCACACGAACCAAGAGGACGCGGGUCUCGAAGUGCAUCAGUUCUAUCCACUGGUGAAGGUGCAGUGUUCUCCCGAGCUGCGCUUCUUCUUGUGCUCCAUGUACGCGCCUGUGUGCACUGUGCUAGAUCAGGCCAUACCCCCUUGCCGCUCCUUGUGCGAGCGUGCCCGCCAAGGCUGCGAGGCGCUCAUGAACAAAUUCGGCUUCCAGUGGCCCGAACGGCUGCGCUGCGAGAACUUCCCCGUGCAUGGCGCGGGCGAGAUCUGCGUGGGCCAGAACACGUCCGACGGCUCCGGGGGCGCGGGCGGCAGUCCCACUGCCUACCCUACUGCGCCCUACCUGCCCGAUCUGCCCUUCACUGCGUUGCCCCCGGGGGCCUCAGAUGGCAGAGGCCGCUCCUCCUUCCCCUUCUCGUGUCCACGCCAGCUCAAGGUGCCCCCCUACCUGGGCUACCGCUUUCUAGGUGAGCGCGACUGCGGUGCCCCUUGCGAGCCAGGUCGUGCUAACGGCCUGAUGUACUUCAAGGAGGAGGAGAGGCGCUUCGCCCGCCUCUGGGUGGGCGUGUGGUCGGUGCUGUGCUGCGCCUCGACGCUCUUCACCGUGCUCACCUACCUAGUGGACAUGCGGCGCUUCAGCUACCCAGAACGGCCCAUCAUCUUUCUGUCGGGCUGUUACUUCAUGGUGGCCGUGGCGCACGUGGCGGGCUUCCUGCUGGAGGACCGCGCGGUGUGCGUGGAGCGCUUCUCGGACGACGGCUACCGCACGGUGGCGCAGGGCACCAAGAAGGAGGGCUGCACCAUCCUCUUCAUGGUGCUCUACUUCUUCGGCAUGGCCAGCUCCAUCUGGUGGGUCAUUCUGUCACUCACUUGGUUCCUGGCGGCCGGUAUGAAGUGGGGCCACGAGGCCAUCGAAGCCAACUCGCAGUACUUCCAUCUGGCCGCGUGGGCCGUGCCGGCCGUCAAGACCAUCACCAUCCUGGCUAUGGGCCAGGUGGAUGGGGACCUGCUCAGUGGAGUGUGCUACGUGGGCCUUUCGAGCGUGGACGCGCUGCGGGGCUUUGUGCUGGCGCCUCUGUUCGUCUACCUGUUCAUCGGCACGUCUUUCCUGCUGGCCGGCUUCGUGUCUCUCUUCCGCAUUCGCACCAUCAUGAAACACGAUGGCACCAAGACCGAGAAGCUGGAGAAACUUAUGGUGCGCAUCGGCGUCUUCAGCGUGCUCUACACGGUGCCAGCCACCAUAGUGCUGGCCUGUUACUUCUACGAGCAAGCCUUCCGCGAGCACUGGGAGCGCACCUGGCUUCUGCAGACCUGCAAAAGCUACGCCGUGCCGUGCCCGCCCAGUCACUUCCCACCCAUGAGUCCCGACUUCACCGUCUUCAUGAUCAAGUACCUCAUGACCAUGAUCGUGGGCAUCACCACUGGCUUCUGGAUCUGGUCUGGCAAGACCCUGCAGUCGUGGCGCCGCUUCUACCACAGACUCAGCCACAGCAGCAAGGGGGAGACUGCGGUAUGAGCCGACUACGGGCCUAUGGAGAAGAUUGAGACCAUCAGAGGCUGCCACGAGUUCGGGCUCCGGGGCUGUGCUGGGACUAUGAAGAAUCCUCCUGCUGCAAGACAAGUGGCUGUCCUCACUCCUGUGAGGCCCAGGGAAAAGGUACCGCUCUGUCUGCUGCAGCGGCUUUGUUGGGAAGAGAGAGGACCCCUGCGGUGUCCUUGUCAAGCGGUGUUCAAACCGUAAUCUCUUUUCACUGGGGCCAAACUGGAGCCCAGAUGGGUUAAUUUCCAGGGUCAGACAUUACAGUCUCUCCUCCCCUACCCCCUCCGGCCUGUUUUUCCUCCCCUACUCCUUUCAAGUCUUGUAAAAUAAGCAUUUGGAAGUCCUGGGAGGCCUGCCUGCUAGAAUCCUAAUGUGAAAUGUAAAAGAAAUGAUGGUAACAUUUCAAGAUGAGGCCAAGAAAACGAGUAGUAGGUAUUUCUGCUACUUUUUCAUUUUCUAGGGAAGGCAAGGAGGCAGAGAGAAGGAAGUUUUAUUUGGUUUAAUACCUUGAAAAGAAGUGAUGACUUGUUGCUUUUCAAAACAGAAAUGAAUUUUUCCCCUUGUCUUUGUUGUAAGAGACAAAAGAGGAAACAAAAGUGUCUCCAUGUAGAAAGGCAUAACUGUGAAGACAGCAACUAUCAUAGGCAAAGCAGUGCAAACCUGAGGUUUCCCUUUGAUUGUAAAUUUGGUUGAGAUAAACAUUCCUUUUUAAGGAAAAGUGAGGGGCAAUGUGCUUCCCUACCCAUUCACCUAGAGGUUCUGACUUGGAUAAAGGAAAUGCAAGGGAUUUUAUUUUGUUUUGAACACAUUUAAUUCAGAACACAUGACCAACAGGCUCUGUUAAAAUGGUUAGGGUAAUCUCUCCUUUUUUUUUCCUUGUUAUAAAGUCUACAUUUAGAUUUUCUAUUUUUUCCCUUCAAUUUGGAUCCUUCAAGAUAAAACAAAAGUAUAAUAAAUGAAAGUUAAAUUUUAAAAGGGGAAAGCACCAUUUUGCCCAUUUUUUUUCUUGGUUCCAUAAAUCUGUUUAUAAGACAUUAUGUGUGUGCUGAUUCUGUCUCUCAUUGGGUAGGGAGGUGUUCUGCAGAAAUGAUAGAGAAGGAAGAGGAAAGUGAACCCUGGGCCCCAUUUUUAAAGAAAGUCAUUAAACGAAGGUAAACUUCAAAGUGAUUCUGGAGUUCUUUGAAAUGUGCUGGAAGACUUAAAUUUAUUAAUGUUAAAUCACGUACAUUUUUUUUCUGUAAUAGAACUCCCGUUCUUUUGCACAGUGGUGUAAAGCUGAGCAGAGAAUCACGGGAGCUAACCAUUACUCCACCUUUGACACUGCUCUCCAGUCUUGCAACACUGUUUCUCAGAACAGCUUUUAAAUGCCAAUCAGAGGGUUCUGUGGGCAGUACACGUGGGUAACCUUCAGCUGAAAAGAGCUGCUUUUACAUUCAAGUUCAAAUUGAUCUUGUUUCAUAAACUUUCAAAACUGAUUCACCUAUUAGAUUUUUUUUUUUAAGUGCCACUACACAGGUUUGGCAUCUUUUAUGUUAUAUCUCUUAAGUGCAUGUGAAAUUUGUAAAAUAAAGACAAGUGCAGUAUGUAUAUUUUGUAAAUCUCCCAUUUUGUAAGAAAAUAUAUAUUGUAUUUAUACAUUUUUACUUUGGAUUUUUGUUUUGUUUUGUUUUGCCUUUAAAAGUCUACAGUGACGCCCUACUUUAUCACAUGUACAGAACACAAAUAAAUUUUUUAAAAAAUA